CCAAAUUCGCACCACCAUGCACCUCUUUACACUUACGAACCCGAUCGCUACGUCCUCGUCCACGUGGUCGACGAGAACGGUACCAAUCGCACCAACUUUAGCACACAUCAGUUGACCGAAUUAGAAAAAGAGUUUCACACUGCUAAGUACGUGAAUCGAGCGAGGCGAACUGAAAUCGCCCAGAAUCUGAAACUUAAUGAAGCACAGGUGAAAAUUUGGUUUCAAAACCGGCGUAUGAAGGAGAAGAAGCGAGAAAAAGAGAAGGCGUUUUUGGCACGUAAUGUGAUGCCGUGGGACAACUCACCGCCGUCAUCGGAAGACGUGAAGCUGCCGCUUUUGUAG